AAAAGGUGGGCGUGUUGGUUUGGAGGAUAGCAAGCAAAUGGUGUGGAUCUGAGCUCCUAAAAUGAUACCAAAGCUUCAGUAAUGACUGCAGAAGGUACACAGCUGGAGAAAAUCCUGGAAACAUCAUCCAAGAGCAAGAGUACAGUUCUCAAUCUGAGCCACAGGAGUAUGAAAAUCAUCCCAGCUCAAAUCUCCACCCUUGAUCAUGUGCAAGUACUCUUACUCAAUAAUAACAGCAUUAUCAUGCCACCAGAAGAGAUUACACACCUCAAGAACCUUGUGCAUUUGUCACUAGAAUGCAAUCAAUUGACACUGUUACCGUCUGAUCUACACAAACUCUCUACGACAUUAACAUUCUUGAAUCUGAGUCACAAUCCGCUAACUUUCUUACCUCCCUAUGUCUCCAAGAUGGUCAAUUUAAAGGAGCUGUGGUUAGAAGAUAUUGGACUAUCAAGUUUACCAAAUGAAUUUUUGACGUUAAUUCAGCUUCAAAGGCUCUCGUUGAAAGGCAAUGAUUUGUUUGAGAUUAAUACAGAUACUUUGAAUCGACUAAGCAACCUACAGUGGUUGUCUUUGGCUAAGAAUCAGUUGCAAAGUAUUGAUACACUUCAUUUAAAGAGCUUGACAGUGCUGAGUCUGGCAGAAAAUCAAUUCAUUUCGUUUGCAAGUGCUCUACCAUUCAAAUGUACUGCUUUGGAGUAUGUAGACCUUCAUCAGAAUAAAAUAUCAUCUUUGCUACCUGAAGACAUUACUGCGUUAUCUCAUUCUUGUUUAUCAAAGAUAGAUCUAAGAAACAAUGUAAUCAUAGACAAUUCCUCAUUAUUAUCAUUGAAAGUUAUUAUUUUAUAGUUG